GGAUCUUCGCACUUCCGCUAUGGGAAAGUGAUGCUAUCAUCGGAGGUUCCCUGCUGCUGCUCCACAACAGUUGCUCAGCAGCGACGAUUCUAAACAGUAGAGAUGAUUUGUUUGCUGUUCUCCGAAGACCACCACAACUGGGUCAGUGGCGCUGUGGGAUCUACCAGCUGCUUCCUCACACUUCUUGCUGCAGGAACACGAUUAGAAGCAGAACUACAAAGUAGCAACUACAGCUUAAUGAUUAAUUCUCAAGAUAAGGACAGGAUAUCAACACAGCCUUUUUCAACUUCAAGUAUGGAUCUUUUUGCUUCAUCACAGGGUCUGGACAUUGAACAGAGAAAAAGAGAGAAAAAGAAAAAUCGCGAAUUACUGUCAUCAUAUGAAAUUUACUUAGAUGUAGCUGAGGAUCAUGUAAAUGAAGGUUCAUCUAAAAACAAGCAGACCAUAGAAGAAGAACAAAAGAAAUCCAAGUUACAGGAGUUUGAUGAAAGUGAAGUACAUGCACACAGUGAUCAAGAACAGAGGCAAAAAAGGAAGAAAAAAAGGCCUAGAUCGCAAGACAUGGAUAUUUGUGAUGUGCACGUAUCUAGAGAUUUGGGCAACAGCAUGCUACAGAUAUCUAGUGAUAGCAAAGCACACACAAAUGUACCAGAGGAUUCAUCAGCUUGCAAAGAACAAAGAAAAGACAAAUACAAGUUAAAAGGGUUAAACAAAAAUGAACUAUGUGCAGACAGUGAACAAGAACAGAGGCAUGCUGUUAAAAAAAAGACAAGAAAACAUAAAUCAAUAGACAUGGAUGUUUGUGAUGUGAAUGUCUCUGGAGAUUUCGAUGAUGAUCAGAAUGGAGGGGUGGAGGUGUAUCCAUCUAGGAAUGAAAUAUGUGCAGAUGGCAAAAAAGGCCACUCUGAGGCAGAAAGUAAAUGUGCAUCAGAUGAUGUACAUAAUGGUGAUGAAAACACCAUAACUUGGAGUGAGUGUUCCAAUAGUGGAAAAGGCAAAGAAAAGAAAAGGAAAUCAAAAUCUGAAGUAAAUAUUCUGUCUGAGAAUAAAUCACAUUUUAAAUAUCAAGAAUCUUGUACAAAUCAAAUUUCUCAGCAUGAUGAGUUGUGUUUGACUGAGAAUAAUGAAGAGAUACACAGAUCUGAGCAGGUUAAUCCGCUUUCUGUUUGUGAGAGUUUGGAUAUGACGCAUAAUGAGGAAGCAGCAAAAUGUAAAAUAAAAAAGACGAGAAAGCUGAACAAACAUACUGAAGAAAUCAAAUUUUUGAAUGAAUGUCAAGGCUUUGACAAAAACCAUCAGUGUUACUUGUGUGAAGUGAGUGUUGCAGGCAAAAAUAAUUAUAUUAAACAUCUUGCAACUGCACAUGACAAGCAUGUUUUUCAGUGUUCACAGUGUGGCAGGUGCUGCACAUCUCAAGAGGGACUUUCCUUACACCAGAGUAGUGUAUGUGACCAGGAAAGGAACCUUUUUGCCAGAGUCUACAAAUGUAAGGACUGCCCCAUGUCUUACAAAAGUAAUCGAUCACUUGGGCGCCACAGAAGGGAACAACAUAAUAUUGGAGGUACAGUUAGAGAACAUGUGUGUCAUCUUUGUAAUAAGUCCUUUACUCGUCAGGCAAGUUUGCGAAUUCAUUAUUUAACAUGCAUGAAGCGGAAGGAAAAUUCUGUUGAAGAAGGGCAGGUAGAGGUUUCUUGUGAAGAAUGUCAAAAAGUGUUUUCAUCAAGACGCAGUCUAAAAUAUCACAUCUCAACUAUUCAUGAGCAAAGACUGUUUGAGUGCUCCACAUGCGGAGAAGUUUUCCGUUGGUCCAAAAGUUUGUCAAAACAUCGGCAAAAAUGUCAAUAAAUUUGAGAAUUAUGCAAGUAUUUUAAAAUAGUUAAUUGUCUGCCAGGUAGAAAGCAAUGUUCUAGAACAGUUACAAAAAUAUCUACUCAUACAAUUAGAUUUUUAUUUUUUAUGAGGAAUAACUGAAUAAUCCUGGACUACUGACAGGGAUACAGAAAUGUAAAGAUGAUGUAAAGUCCUGAAUGCUUCAGAACAGACUGCAACUGAACGAUGAUAAGACUGAACUGCUACUUGUCCAAAGAAAUUUCUAAGUCAUCCUUUUCUUUCUUUGUCUCUGGCUAUAAACGGCUCAUAUAUUCCUUUGUUCGCAGCUUGGGUGUCAUUCUUGAUCAGCAUUUGACUUUUCAUCAGCAUAUUUCUCAUGUCUGCAGAAAUGUCUACCUUGAACUUUGUUGGAUCAGUACAAUUUGUCUAUCUCCAAUGCAACUAAAACUCUAAUCUGUGCCUUUGUGCUAUCAAGGAUGGACUAUUGUAAUUCUCUUUUAGCUGGAAUUCCCAAGUAUCUUCUGGACAGAUUUCAAAGGAUCCAGAAUAACGCUGCUUGACUUAUCUGUAGACCAUCUAGAUACGUACAUAUAUCGCCUAUCAUUCGCUCUUUUUACUGGCUGCCAAUCACAGACCGUAUAGCCUACAAACUUUCUACUUUGAUUAACUCGGCUGUUUCUUGCACCAGUCCUCAGUACCUCUCUGAAUUCACUCUCAUCUAUAACCCGCUCGACCUCUUCUGACACCAAGCUUCUGGGAGUCCCACAAAACAUGUGGACAAAGGUCUUUCUCUUACCAAGCCCCAUCAACUUGGAAUAGAUUACCUGUCAGCCUUCGUAUCUCUGAUUCUCUUACUCCUUUAAGUUCAAGCUUAAGACACAUCUUUUCAGAACGACUUCAAUGUAACCCUGAGCGUGCAUGACAUGUCUGUAUUUACUUGGUGUAUGAGUGGCGUCUGUAGUAGCAGUGAGCAUGUCUGUUAUAUGGGUGCAUUUAUGUAUGUAAAGUGCUCUGAGCAAAAAAAAUUAUUAUUAAUAUCAAAGACGCUUUGCUGAUUUCCUUCAUGAAUUAGCCUGGAAAGGUGCUAUUUCCCUUGUCUAAAAGCAUGGUUACAUAUUUACUACUUGUAGCCUUGCACUGUUCCAUGCAAGAGUACAUCAUGCAGUUGUUGGAGUCUGUACAUUUGCUUGAUGUAGUUUGAUACUUCUCUGCCCAUUUAAUUAUUUUUUUCCCAGUUUACCCAAUAAAAUGACUUCACUCUUUAAAA